AUGGCGCAACGCUUUAUCGACGCAAGGAACAUGACGUCUGCCGACGAUUACGAUGAGUUGAAUGAAUCCCAUGAUAAGAAUAUGGUAUUGGUUAGAAGUACUUUUGAAUUUAUAAUUCCGGGCCCAUUCAAUACAGCGAAUAGAAUGUUUUCUCCCCCAUUUGCUACUUCAGAGAACAUGUUUUGGCAAUUAGAAUUCUGUCCGAGUGGAACAUCAAAGGACGCCCAUUCGGCUUUUCUUUAUUUAAGAGCCAUCCCAAACGAAGAAGAACUCAAAGUACCACAGUGGCCAGCGCGAAAUCAAUUCUCGCCGAGGAUUUACUUAUCGCACCAUAACGGACUCUUUAGCAGAGAAAAACAACUCAAUAAAGAAUUCUCGGGAACUUCUCGUAAAUGGGGUAAGCCAAUAUGUAAAACAUCCAACUUGAUCAACUACGACAGCAUAAAGAUAGGGGUCACGUUUGAAGGCGCAGCGUUUCGGUAUGAAAAGCAGUCGAUUCCCUUUCCUACUCGUGCUGUACCAGUUCAAUUGAUCAAUGCAUGGGAAAAGCAGCUUGACAGUCCGCAUAACACUGAUACACAGUUCAAUGUUAAUGGACAUAUAAUAUACGCGAGCAGCAUUAUACUGUCGAACCGUUCAGAAUACUUUUGCAACAUGUUUCAAGGUCAUUGGGCGGAGUCUAUAAUGGCCAAGAAAAACGUUGAAGGAAGGAAGGAAUUGAAUGGGAGAGAUAGAGAAGGCGGAGGAGUAAAUAUAGAAGAGGAGAGUUUUCCGGUGGAGAAACCGAUGUAUAUUAUUAAUGUAACAGAUUGCAAUCAUGAAACUUUUCACGAAAUGUUGAGAUUCUUAUACACGGAUCGAGUAACAAUAGACAAUACCUCAGACUCUAAGCGUACGGCAUUUGACAUAUUCUACAUAGCCGAUAAAUACCUCAUCAAGGAAUUACGUGAGAUAGCAAAGCUCGAUAUUGUUGGAAGGCUGUCCGUCGAUUCGGUUACAAAAGUUUUGUUUGAGCAUGUGUGGAAGUGGGAAGAUUUGAAAAAAGAUGUGAUCGUUUAUUUUGUCGAGAACUUUGAUAAGAUAAGGGACACUGAUUCAUUCAAAAAUACUGUUCUUAGUGGAGGUGAAUAUUCGCAUUUUGGGCCGAUUUGGUUAGAAAUUUUUCCCUUAUUGCGUCUUUCGAAAGACGCCUAA